AUGCCGCCUAUUCACACUCCCCACUCCGCCCCAUGGCUGCCUCCGUUGCUGCCACCUGCUCACACUCCCCGCUGCACCCAUUGCUGCCGCCUACUCACAGUCCCUGCUACACCUAUUGCUGCUUCCAUUGCCGCCGCCUACUUAUCCUCCUUGCUGCGCCCAAUGCUGCCGCCUGCUCACCCUCCCGUCCCUGCUACACCUUCUGCUGCUUCCAUUGCCGCUGCCUACUCACAGUCCUUGCUACACCUAUUGCUGCUUCCCUUGCCGCCGCCUACUCAUCCUCCUUGCUACGCCCAAUGCUGCCGCCUGCUCACCCUCCCGGUUGCGCCCAAUUUUGCCACCUUUCGUGCACUCCCCACUGCUCUCCAUCACUGCCAUCUGCUCACACUCCCCGCUGCGACCAAUUCUGCUGACUACUCGCUCCCUACUGGACCCAUUGCUCCUUCCAUUGCUUCUGGCUGCUCACACUCCCCGCUGCGCCCGUUGCCGCUGUCUCCCUCACAGUCCUUGCUACACCUAUUGCUGCUUCCAUUGCCGCCGCCUACUCAUCCUCCUUGCUGCGCCCAAUGCUGCCGCCUGCUCACCCUCCCGGUUGCGCCCAAUUUUGCCACCUUUUCACACUCCCCAAUGCUCUCCAUCACUGCCAUCUGCUCACACUACCUGUUGCGACCAAUUCUGCUGACUACUCGCUCCCUACUAGACCCAUUGCUCCUUCCAUUGCUUCUGGCUGCUCACACUCCCCGCUGCGCCCAUUGCCGCUGCCUACUCACAGUCCCUGCUACACCUUCUGCUGCUUCCAUUGCCGCUGCCUACUCACAGUCCUUGCUACACCUAUUGCUGCUUCCCUUGCCGCCGCCUACUCAUCCUCCUUGCUGCACCCAAUGCUGCCGCCUGCUCACCCUCCCGGUUGCGCCCAAUUUUGCCACCUUUCGUGCACUCCCCACUGCUCUCCAUCAGUGCCAUCUGCUCACACUCCCCGCUGCGACCAAUUCUGCUGACUACUCGCUCCCUACUGGACCCAUUGCUCCUUCCAUUGCUUCCGGCUGCUCACACUCCCCGCUGCGCCCAUUGCCGCUGUCUCCCUCACAGUCCUUGCUACACCUAUUGCUGCUUCCAUUGCCGCCACCUACUCAUCCUCCUUGCUGCGCCCAAUGCUGUCGCCUGCUCACCCUCCCGGUUGCACCCAAUUUUGCCACCUUGUCACACUCCCCAAUGCUCUCCAUCACUGCCAUCUGCUCACACUCCCCGCUGCGACCAAUUCUGCUGACUACUCGCUCCCUACUAGACCCAUUGCUCCUUCCAUUGCUUCUGGCUGCUCACACUCCCCGCUGCGCCCAUUGCCGCUGCCUACUCACAGUCCCUGCUACACCUCUUGCUGCCCCCAUUGCCGCCGCCUACUCACCCUCCCUGCUGCGCCCAUUGCUGUCGCCUACUCACCCUCCCGGCACCGCCUAUUUUUGCCACCUAGGCACACUCCCCAAUGCUCUCCAUCGCUGCUGUCUGCUCACACUCCCCGCUGCUCCCAUCGUUGUCGACUACACACACCCCAUGCUGCACCCAUUGCUGCCGCCAUUUCACACUCCUCGCUGCACCCAUUGCUGCCGCCUGUUCACACUCCCUGCUGCGCCUAUCGCUGCCUCCUGCUCACACUGA